CGGGCCUCCGGCGAAGACAGCGUCCUUCCGGCCUCGUUAGCGGGAGCGAAGGGCAGGGAUUAGGGGUGGGCGGCGACUCGGCGUCCGGGUUUUAGUCAGGCAGUACGUCGGCCGCCUGGCUGGCCAGGCUGCCAGAAGAAAAGUCCUCCACUUGGCCGCCUCCGCUAGAAGCGCUUUUCACUUUCGUCCUCUUCGGCUCAACAUGGUGGCCUCCCGGGCAAUUGGCAGCCUCAGCCGCUUCACUGCCUUCAGGAUCCUCCGCUCCCGAGGUUAUAUUUGCCGAAACUUUACAGGGUCUUCUGCUUUGCUGACCAGAACCCAUAUUAACUAUGGAGUCAAAGGGGAUGUGGCAGUUAUUCGAAUUAACUCGCCCAAUUCAAAGGUAAAUACACUGAGUAAAGAACUGCAUUCAGAGUUCAUGGAAGUAAUGAAUGAAAUCUGGGCUAGUGAUCAAAUCAGAAGUGCCGUCCUUAUCUCAUCAAAGCCAGGCUGCUUUAUUGCAGGUGCUGAUAUCAACAUGUUAGCUGCUUGUAAGACCCCUCAAGAAGUAACACAAAUAUCACAGGAUGCACAGAGAACAUUUGAGAAACUUGAAAAGUCCACAAAGCCUAUUGUGGCUGCCAUCAGCGGAUCCUGCCUGGGAGGAGGACUUGAGCUCGCUAUUUCAUGCCAAUACAGAAUAGCAACAAAAGAUAGAAAAACAGUAUUAGGUGCCCCUGAAGUCUUGCUGGGGAUCUUACCAGGAGCAGGAGGGACACAAAGGCUGCCCAAAAUGGUGGGUGUGCCUGCUGCUUUUGACAUGAUGCUGACUGGUAGAAACAUUCGUGCAGACAGAGCAAAGAAAAUGGGACUGGUUGACCAAUUGGUGGAACCCCUGGGACCAGGAUUAAAACCUCCAGAGGAACGGACAAUUGAAUACCUAGAAGAAGUUGCAGUUACUUUUGCCAAAGGACUAGCUGAUAAGAAGAUCUCCCCAAAGAGAGACAAGGGAUUGGUGGAAAAAUUGACAGCAUAUGCCAUGACUAUUCCAUUUGUCAGGCAACAGAUUUAUAAAAAAGUGGAAGAAAAAGUGCAAAAGCAGACCAAAGGCCUUUAUCCUGCACCUCUGAAAAUAAUUGAUGUGGUGAAGACUGGAAUCGAGCAAGGGAGUGAUGCUGGUUAUCUCUCUGAAUCUCAGAAAUUUGGAGAGCUUGCAAUGACCAAAGAAUCAAAGGCCUUGAUAGGACUUUACCAUGGUCAGGUCCUGUGCAAGAAGAAUAAAUUUGGAGCUCCACAGAAGGAUGUUAAGCAUCUGGCUAUUCUUGGUGCAGGGCUGAUGGGAGCUGGCAUCGCCCAGGUCUCCGUGGAUAAGGGACUAAAGACUAUACUGAAAGAUGCCACACUCACUGGGCUAGGCCGGGGACAGCAGCAGGUGUUCAAAGGAUUGAAUGAUAAAGUGAAGAAGAAAGCUCUAACAUCAUUUGAAAGGGAUGCCGUCUUUAGCAACUUGACUGGGCAGCUCGAUUACCGAGGUUUUGAAAAGGCCGACAUGGUGAUUGAAGCUGUUUUUGAGGAUCUUAGUCUUAAGCACAGAGUGCUAAAGGAAGUAGAAGCGGUGACUCCAGACCACUGUGUCUUUGCCAGUAACACAUCUGCUCUGCCAAUCUGUGAAAUUGCUGCUGUCAGCAAAAGACCUGAGAAGGUGAUUGGCAUGCACUACUUCUCUCCCGUGGACAAGAUGCAGCUGCUGGAGAUUAUCACAACUGAAAAAACCUCCAAGGACACAACUGCUUCAGCUGUAGCAGUUGGGCUCAAGCAGGGGAAGGUCAUCAUUGUGGUUAAGGAUGGGCCUGGCUUCUACACCACCAGGUGUCUUGCCCCCAUGAUGUCUGAAGUCAUCCGAAUCCUCCAGGAAGGAGUUGACCCCAAGAAGCUGGAUUCCCUGACCACGAGCUUUGGCUUCCCUGUGGGUGCUGCCACACUGGUGGAUGAAGUUGGUGUGGAUGUAGCAAACCAUGUGGCAGAAGAUCUAGGCAAAACCUUUGGGGAGCGGUUUGCAGGUGGAAGCCUAGAACUGCUGCAACAGAUGGUGUCCAAGGGCUUCCUGGGUCGCAAGUCUGGGAAGGGCUUUUACAUCUACCAGGAGGGUGUGAAGGAUAAGAACUUGAAUUCUGAUGUGGACAGUAUUUUGGCAAGUCUGAAGAUGCCUCCUAAGUCUGAAGUCUCCUCUGAUGAAGACAUCCAGUAUCGCCUGGUGACAAGGUUUGUGAAUGAGGCAGUCAUGUGCCUGCAGGAAGGGAUCUUGGCCACGCCUGCAGAGGGAGACAUCGGAGCAGUCUUCGGGCUCGGCUUCCCCCCUUGUCUCGGAGGGCCUUUCCGCUUCCUGGAUCUGUAUGGUGCUCAGAAGAUAGUAGACAGGCUCAGGAAGUAUGAGGAUGCCUACGGAAAACAGUUCACCCCAUGCCAGCUGCUAAUUGACUACGCCAGCAGCCCUAACAAGAAGUUCUACCAGUAGGCAGGGCCUUACGCCCGCCCAGUCAGCGCGCUAACCCCAGCGGCCGGCGGUGCUGGCUCUCCAGCAGAGUGGUGUCCAGAUUCCACCAGGGUAACCGGAAGGAAGGAAGGACGAACUCUGGCACUGGGCUUGCUCUUUCAUUAAAGUGCCUUCAGCCAUCUCUCCCUCCUGGUGAAGUCUGACUAUGAAAUAGAGUUUGCACUUCGUGUUGGAAGGUGGAACCCACUGUGCUCGUUUUAUAACCCCUGAGGCUCCCACGUGGCAGCACAGAGCCAUCUGGAGCCAUCUUUGCUGCCUGGUCCUCCAGGGAGGCCUGGGCGGCCGAUGGUGGCGAAGGCAAUUCUGUACCCGGCCAAACACACAUAACAAUAAAAACCAAACUCUGUAGCA